GUAAUAUCUGAUUUUUAAAUCAAAUUCGUUAAGAGAAAAAUUUGAAAUGAUUAACAACAGUAACAUGAAUGAUAUCAUGGAACUUGCAUUCCCCCCUAGGUUGGAAUUACCCAUGUUUAAGAAGGAGGAGCCCGAUAAGUCUGAAACUUCAGGAGAAGAAGCCGAACUGAAGUACCCCGAUGAAGAUUACCUCUAUAUUCCACUCUACUCCGUCCCAAAUGCUGUCACAGAGGCCUUGGUGGGCAAAUCCCCAGCGCCCGAUGAGUACAAAGCGGAAAAAGAUAUUGGAGCCAAGGCGGUAAGUGAUGAUUGGAAGGAUUAUCUGGCCUCGCAGAAGCUGCUGAAGAUACUGAUCCUCCUGCUGUUGCUUCUCUUUAUACUGGUGCCUCUCGUGGGGCUUCUGUGUGCCUUCUGUUGUAGGCGAUGCAGGAGGCGCAAGGGAUUCUGCCCGAUAGUGCGCUAUUGUUGUACCAUCUUCCUGAUCAUUGCCGGAGUCCUUAUGCUUUUAUCUCUCCUCUUUGCUAUAAUGGCCACCGUUCAGUUGAACACGAGCCUGAAGAAAUCUGGGGACUGUUUCUCUCAGUCCCAAUCCGGCAAGUCGAGCGAGAAUAUAAUCUUCGAUUCUAAAUCCGAGUACACGCGCCGUGUGCAUGAGACCAACUAUAAUCAGUUCCAGAAGAGGAUCGAAGCCCAGUCCGUUGCCACUGGAGCGGUGAUCCGUGCCCAGGCCUUGAGGAAUCUGACAGAGGUUCUAAAGGGCAUGCAAGGAGCAAAGCCGCUUCUGGAGGAGCUCAGGGAUGAGCUGCCCAUAGCCAAAGGCUUGGCCAGCAGGUUUCGAAAUGCGUUGAGUGCUGUCAAGCAGAAUCUCAAGGUAUUCCUUACCUCGCAGUGCAGCCACCAGGAGUGCGGAGAUUUCUUCAGAGAUAAUAAAAUCACUAUGCUAGACGAGGGAUGUCUGCACUAUGAAAAGCUUCCCCCAACGGAGGACUUUACCAAAUCCAUUGAAAAGUAUCUGGCCAGUAACUUUGUCAACUAUCCGCUACUUGCUGCCCAGCGAAUUGCCAAGGUGAUCAGGAAUCCCAUGGAUAACCUGGUGGUUAAAAAGGAUCUCCAUAAAGGCACCAAAAAGGUGCCGUUGAUUGGACUCCGAUUAAACGAGAACCAAACUAUGAGGGAGGAUAAGCCAAAGGACUCUAAUUCUUCUCCCGCAGCUGCUCUGAAGGGAAAGAUGGGACGGACGUGGUAUAGAACCACGCUGGGAUGGCUUAUUCUACUCCUUUUUUUGCCCAUCCUCCUGCUUAUUGGUGUCCUGGUGACUCUGUUCAGUUGUAGGCAUGCCAGAAGGAUGCUCUGUGCAUUCAUGAUUGCUGCCAUAAUACUCUUCGCGUUGAACAUUAUCCUGUUGCUUUUCUUUCUGGUCCACGGAGCCUUGGCCCAUCAAAUUUUCUGUUCUGGAAAAUCUGGAGGGUCAAAAAUGUUUUUUGAUCCACUUGAUUAUCUACCCGAGUUAAGAUCUGGAGAUCCUUUGCAGCGGUGCGCCCGCAAUGAGAGCUUGUACAGAGUCUUGGCUCAGAAGGAGCUCUAUGGGAAGAAAAAUGUCCGAGAAUCCCUGGAGAAAGUAAUGGUAGAUCCUAUGUUUGACAAUCUGGUUCCCCAGGCGGCGUUUGUAAACCGGGAACUCUUUGAGAGUAAUCUCUUUAGCUACAAUAGCUCACAUUUCACCCGACACAUGUGCCGGGAACUGGUGCCGGAACCCAGGCCGGGUCCUUUGCCAGCGCUAAUCGGUAGAUUGGAUAACCUGACCAGAAGUGUGGGUUCGUCCCCUUUCCUGCUCAACCAGACCAGUUACCUGCGAGCUGCCCAUAAGGAACUGGGGCAACCGCUGGCAGCGAUCGUCCAGCGACUGCUGGAUAAGCUAAAGAAGUUGGAUCACCUGCUAACCAGCGGUUAUGGGAGCUUUGCCAGAUACAUGAGUCGCGUUCUAGAGAAGAUCAAGCAGGUUGACCUAAGCGGCGAUGCCGGAAGUUAUUUCCUUGAUUCUGGUCUGGAUAAUAGCACCAGGAAUGCGUUGGAGAGCUGUGCUCCACAAACUCGACAGUAUAAAUUAGAUAUGGAUAGGAAUGUUCAGUUUGAGGAUUACUGUAAGAGGAUUGCCAAUCCAAUGAAUGCCAUUUGGUUCUGGCUUCUACUCUUCACCCUGCUGCUGCUGCCCGCCCUUUGUUGCAGUAAUUAUUUGCGACGUCGCUUGCGAUGUUGCAGGCAUGCAUCGCAGGAUACGCUGGUGUCCUGCUGCGGUGACAACUUUGUGGCCCACAGUGCUUUGCCAUUGGAAUUGGAAUCACACUGCAGAUGCUAUAGAUAUCUGCCAGUGUGUUCGGAAACGAAUUGUGAUCAAAUGCUAGUAAACAACUGUUGUGAGCAUCAUUGCUGACGAUUAAGUAACUAAGAGAAGUAUUUAUAAAUAAAAAUAUACUUGAAAUGGAU